UCCCCAUGGCAGCUCUCUAUGGCCGUUGCCAGUACCACGGCGUCUGUUUACUUCCGGCAGCCGCCGUGCAUGGGGCGCCUGCCGCCUGCUGCUAUGGCCGAGCUCGUUGAGGAGGACGAGCUGCCGGUGCCCGAAUCAGGUGCUGUUUUCACAUUUGGAAAAAGCAGAUUUGCAGAAGAUAUUCCCAGCAAGUUCUGGUUCAAAAAUGACAAGCCUGUACUUAUAUCAUGUGGAGAUGAACAUACCGCUAUUGUUACAGGGAAUGGUAAACUCUACAUGUUUGGCAGUAACAACUGGGGACAAUUAGGACUAGGAUCAAAGAACACUGUCAGCAAACCAACAUGCGUUAAAGCAUUAAAACCAGAAAAAACAAAACUUGCUGUUUGUGGAAGAAACCACACUUUAGUUUACACAGAAAAAGGAAACAUGUAUGCUGCUGGAGGUAACAGUGAAGGUCAGUUGGGAUUAGGUGACACAGAGGAAAGGACCACAUUUCAUUUAAUUAGUUUUUUUACCAACCAGCACAAGAUCAAACAGCUAGCAGCUGGAUCAUACACCUCAGCAGCAGUAACUGAGGAUGGGCAGCUUUUUGUGUGGGGUGACAACUCAGAAGGUCAGAUUGGCUUGGCUGAUGAAGCCUGUGUCAGCAUCCCAUGUCAAGUGGAUGUUGGAAAACCUGUUUCCUCUGUAUCCUGUGGAUAUUAUCACUCUGCCUUGAUAACAGGAGAUGGUGAGUUGUAUACUUUUGGAGAACCAGAGAAUGGGAAACUGGGAUUGAUGCCUGAACAGCUGAAGAGCAAUAGAGUCCCACAGCCUGUAAUGGGAAUUGUGGAAAAGGUUAAUAAGGUUGCUUGUGGUGGAGAACAUACUGUGGUGCUGACAGAGACAAAUGUAUAUACUUUUGGACUUGGACAACAUGGGCAGCUGGGACAUGGUACUUUUAUUUUUGAAACUUCAGUACCGAAGUCUGUGAAACACUUGAGGAGGUAUAAAAUAUGUAACAUUACAUGUGGGGAAAAUCAUACUGCUGUAAUAGCAGAGAAUGGCCUCAUGUUUACUUUUGGAGAUGGGCGACACGGCAAGUUAGGCCUUGGAGAAGAGAAUUUUACAAAUCAGUUUGACCCCACUCUGUGUUAUAAUUUCUUGAAGUUCACAGUCCUUUUGGUUGCAUGUGGUGGUUGUCACAUGCUAGUUUUUGCUGCUCCAAGACCUAAAGGAUUUGAAGAAGUGCUCUUAGAAGAUUUACAUGAAAGCUAUUUGACUGCUACAAUUUCUAAAAUAAGUGGAGAUUUACUACUAACAAAUACCUUACAACUAACAUCAGCACGAAUGCGACGUCGAGAGAGGGAAAAGUCACCAGAACAGUUUAGUCGAAUGGCACAAACUCUGCCUCCACUAGGAGUAAGCUUCUUAAAAUCUUCACUGCCUGUGACUAGCAAGACUAGUCCAUUCUGGUUUUCUGCAACAGAUCUUCCUAAAGCUGAACCUAGGAAGCACAGACGCCAUAAAAAAGUAAAGAAAGAGAAUCAUCAGAAGGAUAAACCCGGUGAACGCUCUGCAAAAGAAGAUUCAGAUAAUGAAAAUAAUGACAGAAACCUUGGAGAUACAACUGACAUCCUAAAUAUGACACAUGCAAUGAAAUUGAAUCCUAGUGACCAGUCCUUGAAAUUAUCACCACUCCAAAAACAAAAGAAGAACAAUAAAAAUGUGAAACUGAAAAGAGAUGGUAAGGGUGGGCUGAAAAACAAAGAUUCUGAUUUAGUAAAGGAAAGGUCAAAAUUAGACUCUGGCUCUUUGCAAAAGCAGUCUUCACUUUCAGAGUUACCAGGGCAAGACUUUGAAAAAAGUAGUGCCUUUGUGGGUAAGGCGGUGGCCAAAAAACGUACAAUGGAAGGUAAAUCUGGGAAUGCACAAACUGUUGGUACUUUGAAAAGUGGUGUUCAACAAAUCAGUAGGGACAAACGCAGAUUGGUGAAAAGGGAAAAAGCGUAUGUGGAAAAUCCUGAACUUGUCAGAGAGGAUCUUCCCACUGAAAAGCAAAUUCUGACUGAAAGAACAAAUUCUUCCUAUAACAAGUCAAAAGCUAUUAAAUCUAAGCAAUUCCUAAAAAUCAGUGUACUUCCUCCUGCAUCCAGAGAUCAGCCCCAGACUGAUUCAUUAGUUGCACAAAAAUACUGUUCUGUUAAAAAGCAAGGAAGUCAAGAAGCAAUAGAAAGUGAAAACAGAAUAAAGGAUGUUGUUGAAAAAUCUGAUAAAUGUGAAAGAAUAUGUGUCAGAGGAGAAGGAAACAGUGAAAAGCAGGGAGGGCUUAAAAAGAACGUUCAUUUUUUGAAACAAAUAUCUCUGUCAUCAUCUUCAACUGAGGAAAAUAGUAAUGAUCUUGCAAAAUUUGUACUUAAAAGGAGGGAAACAGAUGAUGAAUACUAUGAAGGCAGGAAGGUCCAGAAGGCCAUUAAAACAAUAAAAGGCAUGAAAGAUUUGGACUUAGAAGAUAAUGAGAUUGAGGAGAUACAAGCUGCAAACAAUGAGAAAGAAUACGUAGAAGAGACUGAUAUAAAAAGCUUGAAUGAGGAAGAAACAAACUCUGAAGUUAAAUCUGAUGAAGGCAGACAGUUAGAAAUUAAAAAUGAGAAGGAAUCUAAUCAAGAGCAGGAGAAUGAAGGCAGUGAAAAGGGUGAAAGUGAAAAAGAAAAACUAGAUGAAACAAUUGAGAGUGAAGAUGAACGAGGGGAGGAAGAAGAAGAGAGUGAGGUUGAAAAAGAUGGAGAUGAAGUUUCAGUAGAAGGAGAUGAAGAGGAAAAACAUGAGGAAGAAAAUGAAAGAGAGGAAUCACAGGCUGAAAAAGACAGUGAGAACGAGGGUGCAGAAGAAAUGGAACAGAUUAAUCAGGAAGGUGGCAAAGAGCAAGGAGAUGAGGAAUGGAGGUUGAUAGAGGAAGAAAUGCUGAGAGAAGGGGAAAAGGAGGAUAUGGAAGAGGAGUAUACUAAAGUGGAAGACACUGAAAAAGAAAAGGAAGAACAGGUUAAAAGUGAGGGAAGAGGUGAGAGUGAGGAAGGAGAUGAAGACAGAGAGGCAGGGGAAGAAAAAGAGGUAGAGGCAGAAGAGGAAGGAGAAGAUGAAAAGGAAAAAGAAGAUGAAAAUGAAGAAAGUGAGAAUGAAAAAGACAAAGAGGGUGAGAGGGAGGAAUUAGAAGAAUCAUUGGCAGGGAGGGAAGAAGUAUCUGAAGAACAGGAAGAGAAAGAUGCAAAUAAGAAGACUAAGGAGGUAGGGGAGGAUGAAGUGGAAGACAAAAUAGGAGAUAAGGAAGAGGAAGGAGCAGAGGCAGAAACAGAAGGGGAGGAUAGAGAAGAAAAUGAAAAUGGGGAGUGGGAAAAUGAAGAAGAUACAGGGGAAGAAGAAGAUGAGAAAGCAGAAGGGGAGGAAGAAAAUGAGGAAGAGGAAGGGGAGGAAGAAGCAGAGGGAGAAGGGGGAGUUGAAGAAACAGAGGGAGAAGGGGGAGCUGAAGAAGAUGAGGGAGAAGGGGGAGUUGAAGAAGAUGAGGGAGAAGGAAGCAUGGAAGAAGAGGAAGGAGGGGGGGUGGAAGAAGAAGAGGGAGAAGAGGGGGUGGAAGAAGAAGAGGGAGAAGAGGGAAUGGGAGAAGAAGAAGAAGAGGGAAUGGGAGAAGAAGAAGAAGAGGGAAUGGAAGAAGGAGAAGAGGGGGUGGAAGAAGAAGAGGGAGAAGAGGAAGUAGAAGAAGAGGGAGAAGAGGGAAUGGAAGAAGAGGAAGAGGGAGAAGAGGGAGUGGAAGAAGAGGGAGAAGAGGGGGUGGAAGAGGAGGGAGAAGAGGGAGCAGAAGAAGAGGAAAAAGAGGAAGAGGAAGACGAAGGGGAAGGAGAAGAAGAAGGGGAAGAGGGAGAAGAGGAACAAGAAGAGGAAGGGGAUGUGGGAGAGGAGGAUGAGGGAGAAGAGGAAGAGGAGGAUGAGGGAGAAGAGGAAGAAGGAGAGGAAGAGGAAAAGGCAAAAGGUAAAAGAAUAAAUUAUACUAAUAAGCUUCCACAAAAGAAAAACAAAACCAGGAAGCCUGAGAAGACAGAAAACAGUGCUUUACCAAACAGCUCUAAACAAAAAAUGAAGUCCAAACAGCAUGUAGCAAAUGGUUUACAUAAUUCAGAACAAUUCUGGAACAAUGUACUACCUCAUUAUUUAACACUAAAGUAGCAUAGACUAUUGGAGAUGCAUUUUAAGCCUAUUCAGAAAAUUUUGGAACUAUGGCAUAUUGAUUUUUCUUACUUAAAAAAAAAAAAAGUAGUCAAAAUAUAUUAUUAUACAUCUACUUUAAGUGCCAAUUUAUUGAAAAAAGACUGAAGAAAAUGCUUAGAUUUGGGAAGCUUUUUGAGAGAAAUCAUAAAUGGUUGAUACAGUUACUUACACAAUCUUUAACACAUAUGAUUUAAAAAAUAAUUGCUGAGGAGGCAAAAUGUGUUUGCCUCUUAAAUCAUAAUGUCAUGCUGACAACAUGAAUUAUACAUUAUAACAGUGACAUGGAGCAUUCCAUUGCCUUUGGAUCAGACUUCUUACGGUGAUGUAUCAGUUUUAGUCGCAGAAUAGUUUACAUGUUAAUAUCUUUUAUAAAAGGAGUGUCAGUAAAUUGUUGAAGAUGCAUUUUUUUAAAUUUUGAUAUCACUUCAUAUUCAUUCCGCCUACUUUUUCUUCUGUUCAUAUAAAUGGUAAAAUGUUUGAGUACUCUAGCAGAAAUUAAAGAAAGGAUGAGUUCGCAAGUUUACAUGGGUCAAGAGAUGGGAGGUAAAUGGAAAGGCAGGACCAGGUAAAUGAUGACCUGGGCUUUUUCAAAGACCUUAAGAUUGACUUUUUAUUUUGGUGUCAGCACACAAUUAUGUGCAAAAAGACAAAGCCAAGUCUCAGAAUCUGGCCUAGAUUACAUUAGAGUCAGAAUGCACCUGUUUAGGGAUCAUUUUUGACUGUCACUUUUAGUGAUUAGAUAUAAUUAAGAGUUUGAAAAUACACACCUGUAAACUACUAUUUACUUUUUACACUGUGCAAUACACAAAAGAUUCUAUAUCUGCAUACAACAGACUACAUCACAUUAGUCAUCUGACUCUAAGUUUCUCAGGGAUGGGACUGUGUUUUGUGGCUGUGUGAAGCGUAUAUAUGUUUUCAGGAUCACAGCCUAAACUUCUCCUCACUGAAGGAUAUUUGUGUUUUUCCUUCCUAAAGAUCACAUCUGUGAUAACCAAACAGAGGACAAUGUAAUAAACUGAGAAGCCAGAUGGAACAGAAAAGUGGUGUGAUAGUCUUUUUGGAAAAGAGAAAGUAUGUUAAUACUUCUGGAGUUUCCUUAAAAUACACAAACAAAUCUUGAAAAUUAUUUUUGUAAGAUAUUGCAUUACUGUUUCAACUGUUAGUGGUUAAACUGGCAAAAGAGGGGAUAGGGACCCAUCAUACACCAUUAUUACUUAAAUACUAUGGUAAUGGGUGGUCUGAGACAUUUUUGUAAACAGAUCUCAGUAUUGACAUUUUCUACAAAAGUAGUUAUUUAAGUCCUAUUUGAAAAUGAGGACAGGAGAAUAAAAGAGUCAAAAUGAGUAAAUGUCAUUCAAUAAAAAUGUUAAUGGAAUCAGUACCUAUGUUGGGAUUAUUUUUAAUGUUGUUUUGUAAGACACUGGCAUUAAACUAUCUUUGACACAAUGUCUCCAGAAUUUAUUUUCUAAAAAGGCUGUAGUAGAUUAAUAGUUUGCCAGUAGGUUCUAGUCCAGGUUGAUCCUUCCUACCUCAGUCACCCCUUCCAUAACACUGCAUUUGAAGGUAAGAUCACUUUCAGACACAUGCUGUGCCUAACUAGCAGAAAAUUAGUCCAGUGACUUGUCCCUGUGGAAUUUGUUUCAAGCUUUGGGAUUUUCUGGAAUACAUUAUCUUGACAUCAGCAUAUGUAAGUCUUUGGAAAAGGGUAAGUGUCCUCGUACUCUGAUAGAAUGGAAUAUUUUAACAGUCAAAUGCAGUGCCCAAGAAAGCAGUGCUCUCUAAUGACAGAGUCCUCAGUUAUUUUGCAGAAGUGCUGAGUUAUCACCGAACUGCUGUGAAAAUACUUGCUUUUAAAACUAAGUGGAGCUAAACUGUGUUAUUUUAUCUUUCUUGGGAAAGAUUAAGAUGUUGCUGUGAUAAAGCUUAGAGUAAUAUUGAAAAGUAUUUUUAUAGGCCUGGAACUGUGUUUCUUGGACAUGACAUCUGCUUAUUUGUGUUUCUAAAAUUCAGCUCUGGAAGAAAACUGUGCUGUGAAAAAAAAACCAACCAAACCAACCUGUUAUUUCUUGUGAAAAAUAUUUUCGGGGGGGCAGGGGGAAAAAGUGAGAGCACUUUGAAACAAGUGAUUUCCAAAUCCACACAGGAAUGGCUCUUCAUUUACUGUUUGGCUGCAGCUUCUAAUCUAAAUCCUUAGGCAAAUGGGGGCCAUUUGUUGUUCUUCUCUUGAUAUGCACUGAUGGCAUAAAGCCUCCAGGAGAGUAAAGGAAGCCAAGUGACAGGCAUCUUCUUUGUGUUGUCUGGAUGAAAAUUAAUUGAAUUGAGAACUGAUUUUAUAUUGUUUUGUGGAUCAUUCCUGUGGUAGGGGAAAAGCAGAGCAUUACUCCAGCACUUCUAAGGGGGUUCCACAUAAUUGUUACAUAAAGUGUACCCUGUGCCAAUGUUUCUGGGCUUUGGGGGACUUUGGAACUCCAUUAGUGUAACGGGUGGAAUUUUAUUGAGUUUGACUCAUGCUGGUUUAUAAAGCUUGGUACUUGUGGUUUUCUGGAAAUUCUGUAUGUCCUUGGUAUUUAUUAUGGGAUAUAAAAAGAUUUAUGUGCAAUAUUAAGCAACAUGGCAGAAGUACUCCUGAACUAGUUUUCAGUAGAGAAAAAAUAUCCUUCAAUAGAGAGACAGCUGCUCAGACCAAAGGUCUGUCUAGUGCAAUGUCUUUUUUUCACAGUGACCACUGGUGAAUGCCUGGCAAAAAAAAAAAAGUGUGAUCAUUCAGUAUACCAAAUAUAUUCAGUAUAUUCAAUAAUUUGUGUUUCAGCAGGUGUACCUAUCAUAUUUAAUACCCAUUUUUCUUCCAUAAACUUCAUUCAAUCAAUUUUUAACCCAUUUAACAUCCAGUACAUGUUUCGGCAAACACUUUUUAGGUUGCUUUAUGCAUUGUUACAAAAAGUACCUUUUUUUUUUUCUGUAAUCUGUCUUUUGGUUGCUUCGUUCAAUGUAUUCUUGUACUAGAAAAAGCGUAUUUAUUACUUCUUCAUGAUUUAUUUGCUUAUGAUUAUCACAUGGAAAAACUGUUCAGCCAUGUGGUUUAAAUCAAAUUAAGUUCACAGUGGGUUUUUGGCUUAUUAAUAACAGUUAACCAGCAAUCAACCAACUACACGGUUAAGCUCAAGAGUAGUGAUACAGCGGGUAACAACACUAGACAUCCAUACAAUGUUAAUGAGCACCUGCAGAUUUCUAAGCACUCUUCCACAGUUAAUCUCAGAAGUUUUAAUCUGCCUGCACACACUUGCAUACACGUUGACAGAAUUACAUAUGCACAUAUUGUCUUUUGUAGCAAGCAUGAAUUACAAGCACAGAUCCCAUUUUUGGUGAGCAGCGUGCAAGUCUGCUUUUGCCACACAGCUCCUGUUAGAGAUUAGGGUGAUCAGAUUACUUUUGAAUAUGCUGUAGUACAACUUUGCUCUUAUGCCUGAAAAAUUUCAGCAAGUAAAUUUUCCCAUUAUUUAUUAAGAUAAUAGUUCUCUGCAAAAUUGAUACUGAAAAACAAAAAUGUCAUUCUUCAAACUACAGAAAAUGUCUGGUUUUCAUUCUACGUUUUGUCUUCUUGUCUUAUCUGGAUAGGUAGGUCCAUGGUCAUUCUUUAGAAAGGGGCCUUUAGGAAUCAUGCAGAAAAGGAGGUUUAGUUUUUGUUUUCAUUGUUUUUAUUUUGCCGUCCCCCCUCUUCCCAGCUUUUUUGUCCUUCAAGAUAUAUUUUAGCUUACUUUCUCCAAAUAUGACACUACCUUCUGUAUCUUACCUCUCAGAAUAGCAGUCUCAUAUUUUUAUCAAUUGAAUUUGUGAUGUGAAUCCAGUCAAAGUAUUAACAACAGUAUUGUUAAAUACUCUGAAACAAAUGAGAGUGAUUAAAAGCAGAGCAUCUCUUUUUAGAUGUGGUCUUUUUUCUUAGUACAUAUAGGCUGGAUUAUGAACUGUGAACUCACCUGCACUUCUGUGUAUUUUCCUUAAUUUUAUAGUGAAUAUUACAGAAUCACAGAAUAGUUAGGGUUGGAAAGGAGCUUAAGGUCAUCUAGUUCCAGCCCCCCUGCCAUGGGCAGGGACGCUUUACACUAG